UAUAAUUUGGUUGUUGUCAGUCAGUAACAAUGGUGUCGAAACUGUUAUUUUUGGUGUUAGUGGCAUUUUUUGCCUACGUGCAAAGUGAAAUUACGGUAAAUGUUUACUCUAGUUAUUGGGAAUCAGAAGAAGCAGUUAUUCCAUCAAUCGAAAACCUAAAGAGUGUUAUCGCUAAUACAACCUACAGGGUAGAAAUUGAAAACCAGACCAUACCUAAACUACCUAGUGGAGCGUUGGAUGGUGUGACUAUCAGCGAACUAAAACUCAAACAUGACGAAUUAAAAGACAUCGAGCCCGGUGCGCUACAGGGAGCCCACAUCAACCGAAUUGAGUUUCCCAACAAUGACAUUGAAACUAUUAAAAAAGGCGUCUUCAACGACAGGUCAUUAUGGGAGCUUGAUCUAUCCAACAACCAGAUUUCUACCAUCGAGGAUGAUGCUUUCGACACAUUGGAUGUGAAUUCUCUCCACCUGAGCGACAACAAUCUUGAAAAAAUUACUGCAGGUACAUUUCAUAAUACUAAAGUGACAAGCUUAGAUUUGAACAAUAACAAAAUUCAAAAAAUUGAAGUUAAUGCUUUAAAUCAGAUACCAAGUUUAUUUUACGUUCAAUUAAGUAACAAUCUUAUUAAAGAUCUUGGAGGAAGUUUCUCUAAGUUGGAUACUGUAAUUGACCUUAACUUGGGCAACAAUAAAAUUGAAGUUAUUGAAUCAAAUAGUUUUGCUGGUUCCAGGCUAAACUCAUUACAUCUUCAAGAUAACUAUAUAAAAGAGUUAAAACCAAAUUCUUUUAAUGGCUUAAAUUUGAAUUAUUUGAAUCUUAGCAACAAUGACAUUUCGGUAAUUGCUAGUGACGCUUUUGCUGAUCAACCCGGACUUUACUCGAUUAUUCUCUCACACAACAAGAUUGGCAAUUUGAAACCAAAAUUCCUUAAAGGUAUCAACUCACAACAAACAACUUUGUCUUUAGACAAUAACAACAUCGAUAAUGUAGAGCCUGGAGCAUUUGACGAAAUUGUUAUUAAUGGAUUAGAGUUACAAGAAAAUAAAAUUGAAAUUAUUAAAAAAGGAGUCCUAAACAAAAAGAAUUUCAACUCCAUAAAUUUAGCAAAAAACAAAAUUUCUAAAAUUGAAGAUGGGGCACUUGAAGAUCUGGUUUUAAACAGUCUUACGCUUUCCGAAAAUUCUCUGAGUACUCUUACAGAAGAAAUGUUCUUUGGGGCUAAUAUCAGUAAUGUUAAAUUAGAUAAAAACCAAAUAAGUAAAAUUGAAGAUACUACUUUCCAUCAAAUUAAUGGCUUGACUAGUCUAGACCUCAGUAAUAACCGAAUUGAAGAUAUUACAAAUCUGUUUAGCCACUUAGAUCAUUUGUACGAUCUUAACUUGGACAACAACUUAAUUAAAGCACUCAACCCAAACAAUUUUGCAGGCUCUAAAAUAUCUGCUCUUUCCAUUAAUAACAAUCAGUUGGUUCAAAUCGGCAAGGGAGUUUUCAAUGGUCUCUCAUUCACAACUAUCUCCCUUACUGGUAACUUGAUCUCUAAAAUCGAAGAAGGCAGUUUUGAUGAUACAGAAGAGCUUCGUAACCUGAAACUUGGAAGCAACAAAAUUGGCGAUUUAACACCUACUUCUUUGGGAACACUAAACAACAAAUAUUUAGAACUAAGUCUUGACAAUAACGGGAUUUCUAAUAUUGCACCUAACUCAUUCAGUAAAGUUAUCUUACUUUCAUUGAAACUUCACAAUAACUCCUUAACGGCCAUUAAAAGAGAUACAUUUAAGGGCGCAGAAAUCGGUUUCAUUGGUUUGCCCAAAAACCAGAUUUCCAGCGUAGAAGAAAACGCUUUUGAAGAUGUUAAGGGGCUGAAUUUGAUUGAUUUAAGCUUUAACAAUCUACAUGUGCCAGUUAGUUCCAAUUCAAAACAUAUCAAUUUAUACGUCACUGCUGGAGCUGACUUAAACAGAUAUAAUAGUGAAACUUUAAACAAUUUGGUUAGGUCAACAUAUGGAGGUCAAGUCGAAUAUUAAGUACAAAACUAUAAAUUUAAGACUGCAUGUAUAUUAAACAUUUUUGUACAUUUUUACUGUAAAAACGUAGUAUUUUUAAAUUAUUAGAUAAAUAUUAAUAAUAUUGUUUUAACUUUUUAAAUUGUUGUAGAUUUCCUUUUUUUUUUCAAAUAAGAAAAAUUUUUUGAUUUGCCUGCAAAAUGUAUUUUUCAGAAAUUUAUUUGUCUGUUGUUAUGUAUAUACAAAUAGUCUCGUUGUCUUUAUUUUAAUGUAUGCAGCUAUGUGAUAUUCUAAGUGAUGCCAACCAGUUUGACAGGGUUAAUCAGUUUUUCAAAAAAUAUAUCAUUGUAUCAUAAACUUUAAAUUUGUUUAGACAUUACUUGUUAAUGCUAUUAUACCUCUUGUAAUCUUGUUUAUAAUCGCCCUGUGCGAGUAGCCAUAGUUGCCGAGCACGUAAAUAUAAAUAAAUAAAGAUUUGUAAAUAAUUAUUGUUGACCUCUAAAAGUCCCACAGAUUAUGUAUUCAAUGUGUUUAAUUGGAAAUUUUAUAUAUGUAAUUAUCUCGUAGAUAUUUAUAAACAGUUGUUACAUAUCUAUUAGUUUAAAAAUAAUAUGUUGUUUUUGUUUUUUAUUAAAUAAAAAUUAUGUUAUCAAAA